AUGCGGCCGAUCCCCUGCCUGCGCCAUGAGCUAACGCCAUCACACUUAUAUGUUGCAGCUCGUGGUUUUGGAAUGCGUGUCGUCGGAGGAAAGACGGGAGCCGACGGACGGCUGUUCGCCUACAUCGUGUGGACUGUUCCGGGCGGGCCUGCAGAGAAAGGUGGACUACAGCAAGGUGACAAGGUACUGGAGUGGGAUGGCGUGUCGCUGGUGGACCGAAGCUUCGAGGAGGUGUGCGCCAUCAUGGAUCGUUCCGGAGAAUCCGCAGAGCUGCUCGUCGAACACGCCACAGACUUUCGCAUGUGUGACCUGCUGGACGAGCCGAUUGCUAGAAAACCAGUUUCUGAGUCACUGGGGUCGCAGCUUGAAGGAGACCAGGACAAGACGCCAACCUCACCGACGCGUCGCAAGCUGCCUAAGACCCCGGCAGCAGUGUCUGUGAGCAGGGAGCGGAAGCGGACCGCUUGCCCACUACUGCCGCGGAGCGUGCAGCCGUGUCGGUCGUCGCUCUGCGUGCGGUGCGUGACGCUCCUCGUGCGUCAGAGCGCGCCGCCGGAACGACGACACGCCCUGUUCGCCGUCCGCUCCACACCUAAUGGAAAUCCCCUCGGUGCCUCAGAUGUCAGCUUGCGUUGCUUGAGCGUUAAGCCGGCGACGAUCACCAGUUUUGAGGCGGGUGUGCGCGUGCUGCAGGAGCAGAUGGCGCGGGAGAAGCUGGUGGCGGCGGCGGCGGCGCCGCUGGCGCCCGUAUCAGGCCGCGUCCAGCUGCAGGUCUUCUACCACGACGAGCGCCGCGAGCUGGUCGUGUCGGUGCUCGCCGCAGACGACCUGCCCCAGCGCGACGACACCGGGUUCGGCACGCUGCCCGAGGCCUUCCUCAAGCUGCGCCUGCUGCCCGCCACGAACGAGCAGCACGUCGUCAAGUCGAGCGUGGCAGAGCCGACGCAAAACCCAAUCUGGAACGCAACCUUCGACUUUCCCAACGUGCCGGGUGAGGACCUGAUGGAGCGCAGUCUGGAGGUCACCCUCUGGGACUUCUGCCCCGACCGUGACAGCGUCUUCCUCGGCGAGUGCUCGGUGGAGCUGCAGAAGGCGUUCCUGGAGGACCGCCCAGUGUGGUACCGCCUGGAGGAUCCCCGCAACCUGCGCGCCGCGGGCGGCAAAUCGCCGCAGGUGUCGCCACGUGGGUCCCUGGCCGGCGAGCUGGCCCAGCGGCUGCUGCGCAGGACCGACUUCCAGCAGAGGUCCUUCUCUGAUGACAAGGAGAGCGACGAGCGGUCCGGGGGUUCCCCCGAGCCGAGCCUGCUGCACCCGGACCACGCGUGGCUGCUGGGCUCGGCGUGCAGCUCGCGGCGCGGCUCCAGCCAAUCUGAGCAGCUCGAGGUGGAGACCUACCAGCUGGGCAGGGACUUCUCGCGCUCGCUGCCCGGCUCCAGGAGGUCGUCCUUCCAGUCGCAGCAGGGCGACGCAGCCAAGGGCAAGUACCCGGACAUCCCACCUGCUACGUACAACAAAGAGCGGCGCCGCAGCAGCUGCACGCGCCACAUGCGCGACCCGGAUGAGAUCCUGCGGAGCCUCAAGGCGGUCAAGGGCGAGCUGGCGCUCGGACGCGCCAUGAGCUUCAGCGAGAAGGCGCGACGCCACGUUGGUGUGUGUGCCGUUAUAGGGGGCAGCAGGCGGGAGUCGAUGGUGGUGGGCGAGCUGCCGGCGCCGCUGCCCCAGGCGUCCGCGGGCAGCCCCUCGGACGAGGAGGACCGCUGGGGCGUGGUGGACCUGCAGCUGGGCCCCGGGCAGAUCCAGCCGCGCGGCUACCGCCUCACGUCGGCGCGCUACGGCGAGGUCUACCUGGGCCUGCUGAUGACCAAGGGCCAGCUCGAGGUCGAGGUAGUCAGCGCCCGCAACUUCUGCAGCGAGGACCGCGAGAACCCACCAGACACCUACGUGAAGACGUACCUGCGGGACGGCGAGCGGUGGCUGCAGAAGCGCAAGACGCGCGUGGUGCGGCACAGCCUGGAGCCGCAGUUCCGGCAGACGCUGCGCUACAGCGCGUGCGACGUGCUGGGACGCGCGCUGCUCGUCAUGCUGUGGGAGCGCCAGCCCGGCUUCGAGCACAACGUGGGCCGCGGCGGCGCCGAGGUGGCGCUCGACAAGCUCACGCUGACGCAGCCCACGCACGCCUGGUACCCGCUCUUCCCGCUGCACUCGCUCGGCUCUGACUCCAACGACUCCCCAUGA